CCUGUGAGCAGAGCAUCAAACUCCGACAGCAGAACAGCAGGAGGAUGCAAGAACCCGAGUCCGUCAUGAGCCUCACGGGGAGAUCAGCGCCCCCAAACAGGCAGCGGCAGGAGCGCAUGGUGUACAGCAAAGAGCAGUUGGAGGUGCUCAAAGAAGCCUUCCUGAAGAACGAGUACCCGAGUUACCAGGACCGCCUGCGCCUGGCUGCCAGGCUCCACCUGGAUGAGCACAGAGUGCAGGUGUGGUUCAAGAACCGCCGGGCCCAGCGCUCCCGUCCGGAGCGACGACAGGCCCAGGGAGGAUACUGGAGGGCCGGCGAUGCGCCCACGGACCCUGGAGUCCCCUGGACCCCUGCCCCCGCCCCGGAAUCUGCUGCAGCAGCUGCGAGCCCCAGUUACUCAGGCUGCCCGGAAUUCUACAGCCGCCCUCCUCCCCCCAGCCCCGCGGGUGUGCUCCCAGCUCCCGAGCCCUGCGUCUCCAGUCACCACCCGGCCACGUGGGUCCCGGCACAGGGCGUCCACGUGUACGGCCCGGCUGCUCCAACCCCGGCCCCGGCCCCGGGCUGCCCUCAGGACCCCUACGUGCCGAUCUACCGCCCAGAUCCUCUUCCACUUCCUGACUGUGCUCUGAUGUUUUCAUCCCAAGAGCUCUCCUCCACGACGUCUGGGUACCAAACGAGAGAUAACUUUGAGGAUGAGAAUGACACAGGCCCCCGGCAGUUCACGAAUUUGUAGGGUUGUGGUCAUCUGUCCCCACAAAGUCCUGCAGACCCCGAGGGGCCAGAGGGGAUGAGGGCCUUGUGAGUCUGCACGUGGUGCCCAUGGGGAUGCGGGAAGUUGUGAUGGCUUGGUCUUCACAGCUGGUUUACUGUCCGCAAAGGGACCGCACCUCCCUCGAUCCAGCCUGGAGAGGGGGCGUUUUUGUGUGUGUCACUAUGAGGCCAUCUCAGGUCUCAAAGCUCUUAAUGUCCCUGCCCUCGUUAGUAUUUGAGGCGCACGUGGGUAUUUCUGUGAAUUUCCAAGUCAGAGGUGGAAUUAUUGUUCACAGCGUCUGUUUCGUUGUGCGAACUUGCUGUAGGACUUUCACCAGCCUCAUAGGGAAUUUAAUUUAAAUUGUCUUAAAUCUUUACCUUCCCUUGAUGUCUAGAGAUUUUUGUUUUUGCUUGUCUCUAUCCUUACCUGUAGUUUCAAAUAAAUGUUUGCAAAAUUAAAAAA